AUGGAGAACAAAUUGGGAUUCGACUCGCUCGAUUUCCACCUGUUCGAAAAAGUCGAUUUCACCGAGUUUCCGGCACUGCGAGUCGGUCCGGGCCCGACCAGAGUCCAUCAAGGAGAAAAAAUGAUUUUCACUGGAGAUAGAAAGCGCGAGGAACAAACGGCGAUUUACCUCUCGUCGCCGAUUGGAUGCCAAAAUGCGACUGGAAAUCUAACUUUCACAUCGUUCCUCUUCGAAGACUUGCCCGAUCGAGGUUACAAAAUGCUUUAUGAAAAACCCUACGUGGAUUGUGGAACCGUCAAGAUGAACACUGAAUGCCACGCCGAGAUUCCGGCACGGGAAACGCCAUUCAGAAUUGGCAUCCGAGCGUAUGACAUGGCUACCACAGAGGGAUCGUUCAUUAUGCUUGACAAUAUCAUGUACAGAGCGUCGCUCUGCAAACCAUGGAGGACCUCUUCGUCUUCACUACCGCCCGAGUUACUCUUCAAUAUGACAGGAAGCUACAUUGAACCUGAAGGAAGAUACGCACUGCUUUAUAUUGAGCAGGACACCAAGCUGGAGGCAUGUGCUGUAUCACUGAUGGGCGAGGAAAUCGAAUGCUAUGCGCCUGCCAUC